CCUCCCGGCACCACCGCCCGCCCGCGGCUCCGGGACCCGGCACUGGGAACAGCGGGAGCGCCAAGUUCGGGCAGCGGGAGCAGCACCGCGGAACACAGGGAGCGUGUGGACCGAGCACCGGGAGCGCCACGACCGAGCACCGGGAGCCGUCCCGCUUCGCACGGUAGAUCGGGGCACCGGGAGCCGUCCCGCCGGGCACGGGGAGCCGGGAGCGGGCAGCGGGAGCCGUGCGGGCGGCGCCGGGUACGGGGGAUCCGGGYACCGGGAGCCGUCCAGGAGAGUAUCCAGUCACCGGGGGUCGUCCAGCCAGCACCGGGCACGGCAGAGCUGAUCGCCGAGAGCCGUCGAGGCAGCGCCGGGCACGGYGGAUCAGGCCACCGGGAGUCGUCCAGGCGGGACCCGAGGAUAUCCAGCGCCGGGCACGGCAGAUCUGCUCGCCGGGAGCCAUCCGGGCCGCCCCGGGCACAGCACACCCGGACGGCAGCACCGGGCGCUGGGCUGGGCACCGGGCACGGUAAAUCGGGGCGCACGGCUCGGGGCACCAUGGGUCCCCCCRGCGUGCUGCCCRCCCUGGCCUGGCUGCUGSUGGGGCUGAGCAUGCCGGCACCGUGCCGGGCCCAGCUGCAUGGCGAGAAGGGCAUCUCCAUCCCCGACCACGGCUUCUGCCAGCCCAUCUCCAUCCCGCUCUGCACCGACAUCGCCUACAACCAGACCAUCAUGCCCAACCUGCUGGGGCACACCAACCAAGAGGACGCGGGGCUGGAGGUGCACCAGUUCUACCCGCUGGUGAAGGUGCAGUGCUCGCUGGAGCUGAAGUUCUUCCUGUGCUCCAUGUACGCACCRGUGUGCACGGUGCUGGAGCAGGCCAUCCCUCCGUGCCGCUCCAUCUGCGAGCGGGCGCGCCAGGGCUGCGAGGCCCUCAUGAACAAAUUUGGCUUCCAGUGGCCGGAGCGGCUGCGCUGUGAGAACUUCCCCCGGCAUGGUGCUGAGCAGAUCUGCGUGGGCCAGAACCACUCGGAGGACGGCGGCUCGCCGGCGCUGCUGACCAGUGCCACGCCGCUGGCCGGCCAGGGCACCCCCGGCGCCCCCCGCUACGCCACCCUGGACCACCCCUUCCACUGCCCRCGGGCGCUGAAGGUGCCCAGCUACCUCAACUACAAGUUCCUGGGUGAGAAGGACUGCGCGGCGCCCUGYGAGCCCGCCCGUCCUGACGGCCACAUGUUCUUCAACGAGGACGAGAUCCGCUUUGCCCGCAUCUGGAUCCUCAUCUGGUCCGUCCUGUGCUGUGCCUCCACCUUCUUCACCGUCACCACAUACCUGGUGGACAUGCAGCGCUUCCGCUACCCCGAGCGCCCCAUCAUCUUCCUCUCGGGCUGCUACACCAUGGUGUCGGUGGCCUACAUCGCCGGCUUUGUGCUGGAGGAGAGGGUGGUCUGCAACGAGCGCUUCCAGGAGGACGGCUACCGCACCGUGGUGCAGGGCACCAAGAAAGAGGGCUGCACCAUCCUCUUCAUGAUGCUCUACUUCUUCAGCAUGGCCAGCUCCAUCUGGUGGGUCAUCCUCUCCCUCACCUGGUUCCUGGCCGCYGGCAUGAAGUGGGGCCACGAGGCCAUCGAGGCCAACUCCCAGUACUUCCAUUUGGCCGCCUGGGCCGUGCCGGCCGUCAAGACCAUCACCAUCCUGGCCAUGGGGCAGAUCGAUGGCGACCUGCUGAGCGGCGUCUGCUUCGUGGGCCUCAACAACAUCGACCCUCUGCGGGGCUUCGUGCUGGCCCCGCUCUUUGUCUACCUCUUCAUCGGCACCUCCUUCCUGCUGGCCGGCUUCGUGUCCCUCUUCCGCAUCCGCACCAUCAUGAAGCACGGCGGCACCAAGACGGAGAAGCUGGAGCGGCUCAUGGUGCGCAUCGGCGUCUUCAGCGUCCUCUACACCGUGCCGGCCACCAUCGUCAUCGCCUGCUACUUCUACGAGCAGGCGUUCCGCGAGCACUGGGAGCGCAGCUGGAUCAGCCAGAACUGCAAGAGCCUGGCCAUCCCCUGCCCGCUGCACUUCACCCCCCGCAUGACCCCCGACUUCACUGUCUACAUGAUCAAGUAUCUCAUGACUCUGAUCGUGGGCAUCACCUCCGGCUUCUGGAUAUGGUCRGGGAAAACCCUGCACUCCUGGAGGAAGUUCUACACUCGGCUCACCAACAGCAAGCAGGGCGAGACCACGGUGUGACGCCCUUCGGCCUGAAAUUUUUAAAUUUUUUUUUUGUGUGUGGGGGGGAGUUAUAUAUUUUUUAUUUUUAGAUUUAUUAACGUCUAAGGGGUGUCUCUUUUUUUUUUUUCUCUUGGAAUUUUUUUUUUUUUUUUGUAAUUAAACCUGUAAAUAGCAUUUGUAAAUUUAAUGAUA